AUGUCAGUGGAUGAGUGGGUGUACAAGGAAUUGUCGGCGACGCAAUUAGUCUUUUGUCUGGUUUAUUUACACGACCACUGCCAUAUAUCCUCUGCCUGCCACUACCCAAACCCAAACACUAAUCUCUCCUCUUCCCCAAGCACACACGCCCACAGUGCUGCUGUCCCCCAAUGCGACGAGCUUCCGAAGCUUGAGAGCACUAAACCCAUGGACGCCGCUGCCGCGAGCUCUAGGCGCGCCGCCCUCCCCGUCACCGUCCUCGUGCUCCUCCUCCUCGUCGCCGCCGCACCGCCCGCCGCAGGCGGCGGCGGUGGCGGGUCCGCGGCCGUGAACGGCGACCGCCUCCGCGCGGAGCAGAUCCGGAAGCAGGCCUCGGACGCGGCCGCCUCCGCCGCCGCGCUCGCCGCGGCCUCCCGCCGCCUCCACCUCGACCGCACGCGCCACCUCCGCCUCCUCUCCUCGCUCCACCGCAACCUCACCGCCACGCUCCGGGACCUCGCCUCCGCCUCCGUGCCCGACCCGGCGUCGUCCCAGGCCGACCAGGCCCGCUGGCUCGACCUCCAGGCCAAGGACCUGAUCCGCGCCGCCCGCGCCGCCAUCGCCGACGCCAAGCCCCUCUUCGACCCGCAGCUCAAAAUCCAGCGCCUCAAGGACGCCAUCUUCGCGCGCAACGAGCUGCUCGCGCGCGCCAAGAAGCGCGGCGCCUUCGCCUCCCUCAUCGCCGCCAAAUCCAUACCCAAGCCGCUGCACUGCCUCGCCGUGCGCCUCACCGCCGAGCGGAUCGCGCUGCCCGACAAGUUCGCCGACCCCAAGCCGCCGCCGGCCGCGCUCGAGGACCCCGCGCUGUUCCACUACGCCAUCUUCUCCGACAACGUCCUCGCGGCCUCUGUCGUCGUACGCUCCGCCGUCGCCAAUUCGCAGGACCCCUCCAAGCACGUCUUCCACGUGGUCACGGACCGAAUGAACCUCGGGGCUAUGCAGGUGAUAAUCCGCCUAAUGGACUUACAAGGUGCACACUAUGAGGUCAAAGCAUAUGAAGAUUACAAAUUUCUUAACUCUUCAUAUGUUCCCGUGCUACGGCAACUUGAGUCGGCGAACCUCCAAAAGUUCUAUUUUGAGAAUAAGCUUGAGAAUGCCACUAAAGAUGCUAGCAAUAUGAAGUUCAGAAAUCCCAAGUACCUCUCGAUGCUCAACCACUUGCGGUUCUACUUACCUGAGAUGUACCCAAAGCUGCAGAAGAUUCUUUUCUUGGAUGAUGAUGUUGUGGUACAGAGGGAUCUUACAGGAUUGUGGAAGAUUGACAUGGAUGGAAAGGUGAACGGAGCAGUAGAAACAUGCUUCGGAUCAUUUCAUCGGUAUUGGCAGUAUAUGAACUUCUCGCACCCCCUUAUCAAAGAGAAGUUCAACCCUAAUGCAUGUGGAUGGGCUUAUGGCAUGAACUUCUUUGAUCUUAAUUCUUGGAGGAGGGAAAAAUCUACCGAGCAGUACCAUUACUGGCAGAAUCAGAAUGAGAACCGCUUAUUAUGGAAGUUAGGAACAUUGCCCCCUGGUUUAAUCACAUUCUACUCGACCACAAAGCCUCUGGACAAAUCUUGGCAUGUUCUUGGGCUCGGGUAUAAUCCAAGCAUCAGCAUGGAGGAAAUUAGAAAUGCUGCUGUUGUGCAUUUCAAUGGUAACAUGAAGCCUUGGCUGGAUAUUGGUAUGAACCAGUUCAGGCACCUUUGGACAAAGUAUGUGGAUUAUGGCGACUCAUUCAUUCGCCAGUGCAAUUUUGCACCACCAUAGACGGAAGCCAUUGCCGUCCUUGUACUGCAUCGAAAGAGGUUCGGAGAUCAGAACUAGGGAGCACAUGUGUGCUGGCGUGCUGUUUCUGCUGAAAUCUAAGGAGUUUGAUAAAUAUAACUGGAGGUAUGAGAUUCUUUCUAGGUUUAUUUGUUACAUUGAUGAUCAAGUUGCGAUGAAAAUACCGUUGAUAACCUGAACAUCAUUUUUCGUCACGUAUUUAUGUAUACUGAACAAAUCUUGGCAUGUUCUUGGGCGUUGUGUGGCCAGGUCGUGCUAUAUGUAUGUAUGUAUACUGAACAAAAUUGUGUUGUAUGUUCAUUCUCAAUCGGUAAAGCAAGUACUCUUACACGAGAA